GUGGCAGCAGGGGGCGGAUCUAUCCGGGGCCUUGGCGCUCUCCUUCCUUUCGCGCCGGUUGCUGGGGUGUGUGGCGGCUCCAUGUGCGCAGCUGCUCGUUAGCCUCGGUCAGUGCCACAGUCCCGCGUCCCUGCCGCUCCCACACACGCACACAUGGACCCCAACAUCCUGAUCGAGGCCCUGCGGGGUACUAUGGACCCGGCCCUGCGGGAGGCGGCCGAGAGACAGCUCAACGAGUCCCACAAGUCUUUGCACUUCGUGUCAACUCUGCUUCAGAUCACCAUGUCUGAGCAACUGGAUUUACCAGUAAGGCAAGCAGGUGUUAUUUAUUUGAAGAAUAUGAUUACUCAGUACUGGCCGGACCGGGAGGUGACCCCAGGAGAAUUGCCCCCUCAUACCAUCCCCGAGGAGGACCGUCACUGUAUCAGAGAGAACAUCGUAGAGGCAAUUAUUCACUCCCCAGAACUGAUCAGGGUUCAGCUCACAACCUGCAUUCAUCAUAUCAUUAAACAUGAUUACCCCAAUCGCUGGACUGCUGUUGUGGAAAAGAUCGGCUUUUACCUCCAGUCGGACAACAGUGCCUGCUGGCUGGGAAUCCUCCUCUGUCUGUAUCAGCUGGUGAAAAACUACGAAUACAAGAAGCCUGAGGAGCGGAGCCCCCUGAUAGCAGCUAUGCAGCACUUUCUUCCCAUGCUAAAGGACCGCUACAUCCAGUUACUCGCUGACCCAUCGGAGCAGUCUGUCCUUAUUCAAAAACAGAUCUUUAAGAUCUUCUAUGCACUUGUGCAGUACACACUGCCCCUGGAGCUGAUUAAUCAGCAGAAUCUGGCGGAGUGGAUAGAGAUUUUGAAGACUGUUGUGGAUCGGGAUGUACCUGCUGAGACUCUUCAGGUCGAUGAAGAUGACAGGCCAGAAUUGCCUUGGUGGAAAUGCAAAAAGUGGGCUCUUCACAUACUGGCAAGACUGUUUGAGAGGUACGGAAGCCCUGGAAAUGUCUCCAAGGAGUAUAAUGAGUUUGCCGAAGUCUUCCUGAAGGCCUUUGCUGUUGGUGUUCAGCAGGUUUUGCUGAAGGUGCUUUACCAAUAUAAGGAGAAGCAAUACAUAGCACCAAGAGUCCUGCAGCAGACGCUGAAUUAUCUGAACCAAGGGGUCUCACAUGCUAUGACUUGGAAAAACUUGAAGCCGCACAUCCAGGGGAUUAUUCAAGAUGUCAUCUUCCCUCUAAUGUGUUAUACUGACUCCGAUGAGGAGCUGUGGCAGGAGGAUCCAUACGAAUAUAUCCGCAUGAAAUUUGAUGUGUUUGAAGACUUUAUCUCCCCAACUACUGCUGCCCAAACUCUGCUCUUCACAUCCUGCAGUAAAAGGAAAGAGGUUCUUCAGAAAACCAUGGGCUUUUGCUACCAGAUACUGACAGAACCUGCUGCAGAUCCUCGAAAGAAAGACGGAGCUCUGCAUAUGAUUGGCUCCCUGGCUGAGAUCUUGCUGAAGAAAAAGAUCUAUAAGGACCAGAUGGAGUUUAUGUUGCAAAACCACGUGUUUACUCUCUUCAGCAGUGAACUUGGCUACAUGAGAGCACGGGCAUGCUGGGUUCUGCACUAUUUCUGCGAGGUCAAGUUCAAGAUUGACCAGAACCUGCAGACUGCUCUAGAACUGACCAGGCGGUGUCUCAUUGAUGACCGGGAAAUGCCGGUUAAAGUAGAAGCAGCCAUCGCCCUCCAAGUACUUAUCAGCAAUCAGGAAAAAGCUAAGGAGUAUAUUGCACCGUUUAUUCGGCCUGUCAUGCAGGCUCUGCUGCACAUAAUCAGGGAGACGGAGAACGACGACCUUACCAAUGUGAUUCAGAAAAUGAUCUGUGAAUACAGCGAGGAAGUCACACCGAUCGCAGUGGAGAUGACGCAGCAUCUGGCCAUGACAUUCAAUCAAGUCAUUCAGACGGGACCCGAUGAAGAGGGAAGCGACGACAAAGCAGUGACAGCCAUGGGAAUUCUCAAUACAAUCGACACUUUGCUUAGUGUUGUAGAAGAUCACAAAGAGAUUACGCAGCAGCUUGAAGGAAUUUGUCUACAAGUCAUUGGAACGGUUCUGCAGCAACAUGUUUUAGAGUUUUAUGAAGAGAUCUUCUCCUUGGCCCACAGCCUAACGUGCCAGCAGGUUUCUGCCCAGAUGUGGCAGCUGUUGCCCCUUGUUUUUGAGGUGUUCCAACAGGACGGCUUUGAUUACUUCACAGAUAUGAUGCCCCUCCUUCACAAUUAUGUGACAGUGGACACAGAUACCCUGAUGUCUGAUACUAAAUAUCUGGAGAUGAUCUACAGCAUGUGUAAAAAGGUCCUGACGGGGGUGGCAGGAGAGGAUGCUGAAUGUCAUGCUGCUAAACUGUUGGAGGUGGUCAUCUUGCAGUGUAAAGGACGUGGCAUCGACCAGGUCAUACCACUGUUUGUAGAGGCGGCUCUAGAGAGACUAACCCGGGAAGUGAAGACGAGCGAGCUGAGAACGAUGUGCCUGCAGGUUGCAAUAGCUGCUCUGUACUACAGCCCCCCCCUCCUGCUCAAUACUCUGGAAAACCUUCGCUUCCCCAAUAACGAAGAACCCGUCACAAAUCACUUUAUCAAGCAGUGGUUAAAUGACGUCGACUGCUUCCUGGGGUUGCAUGAUAGGAAGAUCUGUGUCCUUGGCCUAUGUGCCCUUAUUGAACUGGAUCAGCGACCCCAAGUGUUAAAUCAAAUGUCUGCCCAGAUCCUUCCAGCUUUCCUCCUCUUGUUUAACGGUCUGAAGAGAGCCUACGCCUGCCAUGCAGAGCAAGAGAAUGACAGUGACGACGAGGAAGACGGCGAAGAAGACGAAGAUGCUGCAGAGCUGGGCAGUGACGAAGAUGACAUCGAUGAAGAGGGUCAGGAGUACCUAGAGAUUCUAGCCAAACAGGCUGGAGAGGAUGGUGAUGAUGAAGACUGGGAAGAUGACGACGCUGAAGAGACUGCACUAGAGGGCUAUACUACUCUUAUUGACGAUGAAGACACCCCUAUUGAUGAAUAUCAGAUAUUUAAAGCUAUAUUUCAGAAGCUUCAAGGUAGGGAUCCAGUCUGGUAUCAGGCGCUUACUCAAGGACUUAGUGAAGAUCAAGGAAAACAGUUACAAGACAUAGCUACGCUGGCAGAUCAGAGGCGGGCAGCACAUGAAUCCAAAAUGAUCGAGAAACACGGAGGCUACAAAUUCAACGCCCCGGUCGUGCCAAGCUCCUUCAAUUUCGGCAGCCCAGCCCCAGGAAUGAAUUAAAUAAAAGCUCUCCGCUUCCUUUCCUGCUAACGUGUGACUGAUUGUAGUGAAACAGGCUUGUGUUCCUCCCAGUAGCGGGUUCCAGACAAACACGGGUUCAUGCUCUCUCUCUCUCCGAAUGACGCUCGCUCCGAACCAAUCCAGAACUUUUAGUCGGAUACGGAAAUCUGGAAAUAAAGGGUAAAUCAUGCAACCCGGGCACUGGGACAGCCAACGGAGGAUUGACUUUGUUUUUUUGUUUUUUUUUAAUUUCCCAAUUGACGAACGUAAAGAGCUCCACCUCCAACGUUUCCAAGUCAACACCAAGGAAAAUCCGAAGCCUGGGGGGGGGACGACGACACCGAAGCAGCUUCGUUUUUUGUUUUCUUUCUUCCUGGAAAAGACGUUAGACGCGGGCGGCAGUACCAUAUAAAUAAAAUCUUACACAACACGAGG